AUGGCGCCGUGAAGCCCACGGUUUGUUUUCCUAAGUGCAAAUGUUUAAGUGCAUUAACCGAGCGGCCCGCUUUACAACAAGGCACCUUCAGUCAACAGGAAGCGACGUCUUUGCUUUUCCAAAUCUUAGGCUGGUGGCGUCCUCACCUGUCACAAUGACCGAUCCAGCUGUGAGGAGGGUGGUCGGCGACAUCAUCCGCUCCCCAGAGGACAAGCGGGAGUACAGAGGCCUGGAGUUCACCAACGGCCUGAAGGCCAUGCUCAUCAGUGACCCCACCACAGACAAGUCCUCGGCUGCCCUGGACGUCCACAUAGGUUCGCUGUCGGACCCAGAGAACAUCUCGGGCCUGGCGCACUUCUGUGAGCACAUGUUGUUCUUGGGAACAGAGAAGUACCCCAAAGAAAACGAGUACAGCCAGUUCCUCAGCGAGCAUGCAGGAAGCUCCAACGCCUUCACGAGCGGCGAGCACACCAACUACUACUUCGACGUUUCCCAUGAGCACUUGCAAGGAGCUCUGGACAGGUUUGCCCAGUUCUUCCUGUGCCCGCUGUUCGAUGAGAGCUGCAAGGACAGGGAGGUCAACGCCGUGGACUCGGAGCACGAAAAGAACCUGAUGAACGACGCCUGGAGGCUCUUCCAGCUGGAGAAGGCCACCGGGAACCCAAACCACCCCUUCAGUAAAUUUGGAACAGGUAACAAACUGACGCUGGAGACCAGACCAUCUAAAGAAGGCGUGGACAUCCGUCAGGAGCUGCUAACCUUCCACUCCACCUAUUAUUCCAGUAACCUCAUGGGUCUGUGCGUGUUGGGCAGAGAGUCUCUGGAUGACUUGACCUCCAUGGUGGUCAAACUGUUCGGAGAGGUGGAAAACAAGAACGUUCCUGUCCCAGAGUUCCCCGAACACCCGUUCCAGGAGGAGCACCUCAGGCAAUUCUACAAAGUGGUUCCUAUCAAAGACAUCAGGAACCUGUAUGUAACGUUCCCCAUCCCAGACCUGCAGAAGUACCAUAAAUCUAACCCGGGACAUUAUCUGGGACAUCUGAUUGGACACGAAGGGCCGGGGAGUUUAUUGUCUGAGCUCAAAUCUAAAGGCUGGGUGAACACGCUGGUUGGAGGGCAGAAAGAAGGAGCCCGAGGAUUCAUGUUCUUUAUCAUUAAUGUGGACCUGACUGAGGAGGGUCUGUUACACGUCGAGGACAUCAUCUUUCACAUGUUCCAGUACAUCCAGAAGCUUCGCACCGAGGGGCCUCAAGAGUGGGUCUUUGAAGAAUGCAAGGAUUUAAGCAAAGUAGCCUUCAGGUUUAAGGACAAGGAGCGACCCCGUGGGUACACCUCGAAAGUGGCGGGAUUACUGCACUACUACCCUCUGAUGGAAGUUCUUGCAGCCGAGUAUCUUUUGGAGGACUUCAGGCCCGACCUGAUCGAGAUGGUGCUCGAUAAGCUCCGACCAGAAAACGUCAGAGUUGCAGUGGUGUCCAAGUCAUUUGAGGGGCAGACAGACAUGACAGAGGAGUGGUACGGCACACAAUACAAGCAAGAAGCUAUUUCUGAAGAAACCAUAAAGACGUGGGCUAACGCCGACCUGAACGGGCAGUUCAAAUUACCGAUGAAGAACGAGUUYAUCCCCACAAACUUUGAGAUCUACCCUCUGGAGAAAGACUCUCCGUCUCUCCCUACGCUGAUCAAGAACACUGCCAUGAGUAAAGUGUGGUUUAAGCAGGACGACAAAUUCUUCCUUCCCAAGGCGUGUCUGAACUUUGAGUUCUUCAGCCCGUUUGCAUAUGUGGACCCAUUGCAUUGUAACAUGGCCUAUUUGUACCUGGAGCUCCUCAAGGACUCCCUCAACGAGUAUGCAUAUGCAGCCGAGCUAGCUGGCUUGAACUAUGACCUCCAAAAUACCAUCUAUGGGAUGUAUUCUGCCCUGGGGAUGAUGCAGAUGGUGGAGGACACACUCAUUGAGCACGCUCAUACUAAGCCCCUCCUCCCGAGCCAGCUGAUUCGCUACAGAGAGAUGCAGGUGCCAGACGGUGGCUGGUUUGUUUAUCAGCAGAGAAACGAGGUUCACAACAACUGCGGCAUCGAGAUCUACUAUCAGACGGACAUGCAGACGACCCAGGAGAACAUGCUGCUGGAACUGUUCUGUCAGAUCAUCUCAGAACCCUGCUUCAACACGCUCAGAACCAAAGAGCAGCUCGGUUACAUCGUGUUCAGCGGGCCUCGGCGUGCCAACGGCGUGCAGGGCCUGCGCUUCAUCAUCCAGUCGGAGAAGGCGCCGCACUACCUGGAGAGCCGCGUGGAGGCCUUCCUGUGCACCAUGGAGAAGACCCUGGAGGACAUGAACGAGGAGGCCUUCCAGAAACACAUCCAGGCCCUGGCCAUCCGCCGCCUGGACAAGCCCAAGAAGCUCUCAGCUGAGUGUGCCAAGUACUGGGGCGAGAUCAUCUCUCAGCAGUAUAACUUUGACCGAGAUAACAUAGAGGUAGCUCAUCUGAAGACUCAGACAAAGGAGAACAUAAUGCACUUUUAUAGAGAGCGUCUGACAGUCGAGGCCCCGAAGAGACACAAGGUGUCCGUGCACGUCCUGUCCAGAGAGAUGGACUACUGUCCGAUCGUCGGAGAGUUUCCUGCUCGGAACGAUGUCAACCUGGCUCCCGCACCUUCCCUGCCGCAGCCCACGUUGGUUCAGGACAUCACAGAGUUUAAGAGGAGCCUCCCUCUGUUCCCUCUGGUGAAGCCUCACAUCAACUUCAUGUCUGCCAAACUGUGAGGGGGCGGAGCCUGCUGGUCCACAUCCACCGCCGCGAGGUGGGAGGGGGGCGGGCGGUGCCAUAUAUGCCCCUCCCACUCUGUUUCUCAACAAUAACCCCACAAACCUUCAUCUGCUCCUCCCACCAGGAAGCUGUUGGCCUGAUUGAGCGUGUGUGUGUGUGUGUGUGUGUGUGUGUGUGUGUGUAUGUGUGUGUGUGUGUGUGUGUGUGUUGCAGCCACAGUUUGAACCCCACAGGUAGCCCUUGGUUGUUUAAUAGUCUCUGACGGGGGUCUCGUCUCGUGUUUUCCCGCCCGCCGUAGAGGAAGUAGAAAAAGGGGCGGAGCUUGUCAGAUCMGUGGGUCGGUCCUCGUCGGAGCGGCCGUAGCUUUGUGACGUUUUUAUGAUUUUAAACUUUGCGUUGCUGGAAUGUGUCGGAGCGCGGCUGUAACCACAGGAGGAAACAUUUCAGAGGCGCGCUCGUUGUUUUUAUCAGGUUUUCCAGCAGCUCAGGGGUUAAAUCCACGCUGUCGUUAUUUCCUCGGUGUGCGACCWUGUUGUAAACACACACACACUGUGCACGUGACACUUCCUGCAGCUCGUGCCUUUUAACCUGGGGGGUGGGGACCUGACCCCCCAUCAUGAAAUGCUGAAUGUGCUCUGGUUCUGGUUCUGGUAAAGGAACAUUCUGGUCGUUUUAAAGUGGGGUUCUGUGAGAAUCUAGUAACAAAUAUCUUACCUGUUGCAGGUAGCUUCAUGAACAGGUUGUUUCUGUUUGACGUCGGGGCUCGUUGCUGAUGUCGUUCCACCCCGACGUUGUGCCGUAACACGGCUCUGCUUCAGACCAGGUGGUCCAGACAAACAGCUGAUUAACGGACUCCAGCAGAACUUUAGAACCCGAUGAGGACGGUUGGACCAGCAGGUCCUCGAGGACCUGGAUUAAAGACCACCAGGUUAGCUUAAAGAUGGCAGAGAUCUGCUCUGGACCUGGGUCUGUUCUGGACCUGGGUCUGCUCUGGUGGGCCAUUAUUAGCUCAUCAGUACCGCUGGUUUGGACCUGGUCCCAGAUUGGAAACAAAUCUUUUAAUUUCACUAAUAUUAAAAUCUUACAGCCAGAUUYGUCUCCAGCCUGCUACUGCUAGCUGCUACUUUGGUCUUGUUUGGACCAGGCGUUGGAUCUUARUUCUAACAGGACUGAAAAGUUGUUUCUCAAAACUUGAGUUAUUUAAAGAGUUAUCUGCAGCAGGUAAGAUMUUCUUUAAGCUUCUCACAGAACCUCCCUUUAAAAUGGYUGAAGUGUCCCUUUAACGACGGCUCUGAUGUCAAAUGAGCUUUAAAAAAGCUCUAAUCUAGAUUGUUUUAACUUUAUUUCUGAAAAUAUGCACAUUUCUGAGCAAUAAACAGAAUGUUCUGGAGGGUUCUGAUGUGGUUCUGCUUCUGAGAGUCCGGUCCGUUCUGAGGGUCCAGCAGGGCGUGGUCUCUUCAAAAACUUUAUUCUUUUUAUUUUUUUAGUCUCACAGCAGAAACCGGGUCCGAACGACCAGAACCUGUAUGAUUGUGUGGAAGAAAAAAAAAACAAAGCUCCAACAUUUCAGAUUAAAAGCGUGACUUCCUGUUUGACGAUUAAACUCCUUCAUUUCAUUUCCUGGUGGUGAAAACCCAAAGACGAGCAGCAGCAGUUAGCGUUAGCACUUCCUUCGCGCCCACAGGCAGCAGUUUUCAGUGUUUUAGAGGAAACAUAUCAGGCGCGGCUCGGUGACAACAGGUUUGUUUUAGGAUGUAGUUUUUUUUUGUGAAUGUUUUGGACCUGAUUGUUUUUGUCUGGUUGGUUUACGGGACAUGAAGAGUGCUGAUAUUUUAAGUUUGGUCUUUUAAAGUCUGUGUGUUUCUAAAUAAUAAAUAAGUAAUAAAUUAAA